AUGGACGAGAUAGGUACAAAUCUGCUCCUGCAGAGGGUGACUGAACAAGCCCGCGAACAGAGAAUUAUACGCGACGCAGCACUGGAGAACAGAUUCGGAAAGCUGCCCAAUCCAACGUCGCCCAGAAACGACAAGAUGGUGCACAACCUGUCAUCAAAGGAGCUGAGGAAGGAUCAGAUGCAGGUUUUACGGCACGAAGCUUCACUUGACACGGCUGACGCGAAAACUGUUAAUAUGAUUGCUGCAGUGGAAUUAAUCCUUUGUCAGACAGAGGCAACGGAGGAGACUAAGAGCGUCAUCCGACAGCAAGUGUCAUCUCUCCUGAUGGUCCACAUGCCGCGGUAAGUGCUUACCAAGGUCAAACGUGAUGCGCUUAGAUAAUUCAAGAUCGACAAAAACCUGAUCAUCGUGCCAGCGGACAAAGGACGCACCACGUUUGUACUGGACAGGACAGACUUCCUUCAAAAUGCCAAAUGUUUACUGGAGGACCGACAGUUCUAUGUCCCAUGUUCAACGAACCCUUUAAAGGCGCUGACGCGCGAAAUUAAUGCUACGUUGUUGACCUUGGAUAACUCAGGUGCAAUAACACCGACAGACAGGCGCAUGGCGGACCACAAGAUACGGCUUCGGCCCGAUUCUAUGGCCUCCCUAAGGCGCACAAAGACGGCGCUCCUCCCCGGCCCAUCGAGUCGUUCAAAGAGACUCCAACGUACGGAAUGGCUAAGUGGCUGUUUCGGCGUCGGAAGAUCCUGACCGCUGAGUUAGACACCACGGUCUCUUCGUCAGCACAUUUCCUGGAGAAACUCAAAGGGAUAAGCCUCCAUAAAAAUGAGGCCAUGGUAUCUUUUGAUGUUACAUCCCUUUUUUCUUCUAUUCCCCAGGACCUUGAAUUCGAUACAAUCGAGCUGCUGCUGCAAAGUAAACACGAUGAAACGGGGAAUCGUCUUGAACACGCCCAAAUCCUUCAGCUCCUGAAGCUCUGUCUCAAGACGUACUUCGCGUUCGACGGGACAAUCUACGAACAGGUGAAGGGCACACCAAUGGGUAAGCCGAUUUUGGGAUUCAUCGCCGAGGCGGUCCUGCAACAGUUAGGGUCGCUGCUCUUCCAACACCACAGACCGAAGUUCUGGGCCGUCUUCCCGGGCAUUAAAUUUACGAUGGAGGAGGAAGAGGAGAAUCAGCUGGCCUUCCUGGAUGUCGUCGUAUGCCGCAAAGAUUUUGGUGGACAAAAGAUCAAAGUGUUCAGGAAAGCUGCAAAUACGAUGCAAAUACUGAACUUCAACAAAAACCACCCAAUCAGCCACAAACGCAGUUGUGUAAGAACACCAUAUCGGCAUGUCGAAGCGCACUGCAGUGAGCCGGAAGACAAGAUUGCCGAACAACAAUAA